AGACAGUAGAUAGGAGUAAGUUUUAAAGAAACAAAUACGUGUUCUUUAAUUUCUUCAUGUUGAAGAGAGCAAAGUAUUUACAAAUAGUGCAUAAACAUGUAAUACAUGUAUUUACAAACAUAACAUUUGUAGAGACAUGCUAUAUGUUGAUAUAUCAAAAUUAGUCCUUUAUCGCAAAUGGCAUGUAAGUUUUUACUUGAAUUUUGAAUAUUUUACUUUUCUUAAAACAAAAUUUAUUCGUUUUUCUGUACUUGGAUUUUUGUGAAAUAGUUUCGCUCAACUGGAGGAAAGCAGCUUUAGGUCAAAAUAUGUGAUAUGAAGUUUAGAUGUGAUAAUUUUUACAUUCCGUCAUAUUGAUUACUAACUUUAAAAGUCGCUAGUCGGCUAAUCCUGUGACUAUCCGUGUAAUAGUAAUGCCAUUUAAGUGUUUAUAAACUAAGAACAACAGUUAUCACAACCUAGUUAGUCUAUUGAAAUUGUAACAGAGGAUAAGCCAGAAAGUUGAAUUUUAAAGCGAACGUUACAUAUACAUAAACCUUUCCUUGGAGAAAUAAUGCGACAAUAAAGUGCUCUUGAUAGACGGCGACUCCACAUCAACUCAGGUAUACCAAACUUGUAAACAAUGCCAGCAUAUGAUCAUCAACAUAAAGCUUCGCGUGUAGAAGUUGCAAUAAAAUGGAUAUCAUCAUUUGUUAUACUACUCUUGUUCGGGUCGUGUUUGGUGUUUAGCAAGAUAUCACUGCUAGCUUUGUCUAGUGCUAUGCAUGCAAGUAAUGAUAAUCUCGACCUUGAUGCAAGAUGCAGAAUGUUCGUUAUGUUACAAAUAAUAUCAGUCGUGCCACAUGUCAUAAAUUUGAUUCGGGGAGUGUGGAAAUGUGUCCUCAGAAGAGAUAGGAAAUGGCCCAAGGGAAAAGUAAUGAUAUUUGCGACGAUUAUGAGCAUUAUGGAAGCAGUGGGUCUUUGUUUAUUUAUCUUUUAUAUACCAGGACUCGGUAAAACGUAUCAUGCUAUUCUGUUGAUGAACUGUGUGAUAGUUUGUCCACUUCUUAAUACCAUCUUGAAUAUCAGGAGACUUAACAUUAGUACGCGAAAUUUACAGCAAUAUUGUUGCUGUAAAUAUACUAGUGUGUAUGCUCUAAUAUGUGUGGUUGUUGGAAUAGUUUGUACAAUUCUUCUGUUGCUAGACAGCUCAAUAAAAUUACCUGUACUAGCACCUAUAAGUGUCAUGCUAUUGUCUGUAGCUUGGUGUCCUUCAGUUCAAAAAUACAUGGUGGAAAGUGAAAAGGAGAUCAAUACCGAGAGUAGAAGAAAUGAUGGUCCAUGUACAUCAAGUAGUAGUAUACAAUAUGAAGACAGUCCAUAUUCAUUGGGUCAAACAACAAAUCAAAACACAUUAGAAAACACAACAUGGAAAUUAACUGCGCUUAUGUCUUUAGUAAAACUACUAUCAACUGUUGGAUUUUCCAUGCUGAUAUUGUUUAUAAGCGACAUAUCACCUUUUCCUGAAAAUUUUGAAAAAGUCGAUAUUGACACUUAUAAGAAUGCAUGGAUAACGUUGUUUGAGUGUAGUCGAAAGCAAUUCAUUUAUUUCUACACACACAUAGCAUCAGGUUUUGUCGGCUAUCUCGCCGGCUAUAUCGCUUGUACAACAAAUUCACAUAUGAUUGGUUUCUCAGUACCACUUGCAAUAGCAACCCCUUUUUCUAUAUUCCUGUUAGCAGCUGAGGCAACAUGCAAUGGUAUUCUUUUUAUGCCAGAUCACGACGACAAGCUGGACUGUACCAUCACAUCGUCGAAAAGUAUAAUUUUCGUUGUGAUAGCCACGACGGCAUUUUUUCUUGCACAGGCCUUUUUCGACGUGGUGGAUUUUAUUCGAAAGUGUAUUCAAUAUUAUUUUAAAGGAAGAUCAGUUACUUUGGACGCCAAUGUAUAAUUCUGCACUACUUUAACACUGGGGAAUGUU